CCUGGAGCCCGCCAUAACGAUUUGACAUUUGUCAAAUUUAUAAACGUCAACCUAUAAAAAAAAAUCGGAAAAAUAUAAUCGUGCUUGUUUAAAGUUUUAUUAUGAUAUUUUAAACAAUAUAUUAUUAUAUUUUGUGGACGAUUUUAAAGUUUAAAAUAUAAAAUAAAUUAAUUUUGGACGUUUUAUAGUUAAAUAUUUAAUAUUUAAUAAAAAUGGAGUCGUUUAAUACGGUAAAAUUGUCAGUGCUUAUUUUUUUAAUUUGUAUGUGCAUUGAAUGUAAAGCGAAAAUCAAUGAAAAUAAAACAACAGAACAGCCGGCUGAUGUGAAAACUCCUAAGAAGAUGAACGAGGGAGCGGCCCUGGUGUUCGCUGACGAGCUGAAGCAGACUCUGGACAGAUAUCUGUUUGGCAUAUGCCCUCAGAGCUUCAAGUCUCGUUGGUUCCAGAUGCCGCUCAAGGGGAAGAACGUGACGAAUGUCGCCUGCGACCUCGACCUCGAUCAGCAGGAUCUGGCUGGCAGAUUGGCAACACUAGCACUACGUGCGCACACGGCUGCGCGGACUGACUGCGGCCGGUUCGCGGCAGUGCUCGCGAACACGCUCGGCGAUCUAGCGCGCACCGCGGCUAACAGACAGCUUCUAGCUGCUGCAGCGAACAACGAGCAGAAGAAACGGAAACUAUCAAAAAGCCAGAAGAUGAAGAUUCAAGCGAAACAGAGGACUGCUCUCGCUGUCAAGAAGAAGGCAGCCGCCGCCGCUGCAGCUGCUGCCGCUAAAAUGUCCGCUUAAGACACAAAGACUACUUUUAUAAGCGAUCAAACAUGCUGAAAUUAUUGGGGCAUGUAUAAAUUUUUUAUUCAAUACUUUUCGAAUCUCUUCAAAGCCAUCACUGUAGUUUGUAAGGUUCUAUUCGCUAUUUGAUUAAUAUUUUAUGUUAUGUAUUUUAUGUAUUAUAUAUUUUAUGGAAUAG